AUGGAGAGAGGAACCAAUUCUACCAGCACCCAUUCCGGUGGUGCUCCUGGUAGAGGUGGAGGCGAUAAGCGGGGGGGAGAUAAGCGGCAAUAUCGUGAUCCAACGGGUGAUAAGCCUAACCAACAAUCUGAUGGAAAGGCUGGUGGAUCGCACGGUAAUGGAAGUGAUAAAAGUGACGAGAAUGCGGCAGGGAAGAAGUCAGGGGUCACUGCUUCCAUCGUAGAGAAGAAUGGCAUCACCAGCAUCGCAUCCGAGAAGCGUCAAACAAUUGAAACUUGGUUCGGAUAA